AUGUCCCACAGUGAGUCGGAAUCAACGGAUGACAAUACAAUUUUAUCGAGCGAAGCUGAUAGCCCAAGAACGAUUACCAGUCUCGAAGAUGAACCCAUGCAAACGAACGUGAUUUCCGAAGAAUUCUACCCAAUCAUCCAUAAUUUCAAUAUAUUACCAUUUAAUCACCUGUUAAAAGUUCAAGAGUCUUUAUAUUCAGACGUUGCUUCCACAUGCAGCUUAACGUCCAUAACAUCUACAACUGAGGAUGAAGCUAAUGAGGAUAUAAUUUGUAAGGUGAAUGUAAGAGAGGCGAAGAGAAUUUAUUCGAGCGACAAUGAGAGUUGUUCAACUCUUAGAGACUCUUCAGAUAAUGAAGAAGCUUAUGUACAAAACCAACAAAAAAACAAAGUUAGCGAUAGUACUAUUUUGCCAAUUCAUACAAAUUGCCAAAAAAAUUUAUCCUCCACUACCUCCAUAUUUUCAAAAAAUAACUGUAUGAAAUACGAAUAUCAGCAAAAUAAGUUUCAAUCAUGUUCAAGAUAUAGAACAGUUAUUGAUUUUAGUAAAUCAAAGUUUGAAAUAAGAAAUUAUUUUGUGCCUGGAGAAGAAGACUGGAAAAAAUUGAAUAUUUCAUUGUAUAAUUUAGAAAAUACAAAUGAGUUUAAUAAAAUAGGUGGAUUUCGCGAGGAAGUAGAACAAAAUUUAAAUGUGACAAAUGAUUUAGACAAAAUAGAUAACUUUGAAACUUUUCUUAGCUCUGGUUUCUCUAAAACAUCAAAUAGUUUACAGUUUUCAUCUAAAAUUUUGAGUAGUCGAAAAUAUUUUAAACCUUCAGAAAAAGAUUGGAAAAGAUUGCAAUGGUCAGUGGACGAUUCAAAUUGGAAUAAUGAUGAAGGAAUGGUUAUAAGUUCCAAUAAUCUUGUAUGCAUGGAAUUUUCUGCAAGAAAGAGAAAGUAUAAAUUAGAUAAUGAAUAA